CCGAUGAGCAGGACUGAAAUGAUGCGAGCCACCUGUGUUCUCGAAAUGCCAGUCGCAAUCUCCCCGCUGCGCACACUUUCUUCAUCCACGCCGACCUUCUUCACAACACUCCCAUUCUCACUGAUUGGAAGCGCCUCAGAGUUUGGCGGCGUCUCACUGGUAACUGGCACAUUGCUGAGAAGAGGCGACUGCUCGGUUGGUUGGCCACCUGCUGGGUCUGAAAUUCGUGCCAUGGUUGCUCCGCCAAACAAUGGACUGCAACUGAUCAGUUUUGUCGAUGCAGUUAUCACAAGGUUUUCCCAACAAGAAAAAUCAAUCGCGCUUCUGCCUUCAGCUCGUGGCCGGCCUCGGCCAAAAAUCCGAAAUAGUCGUCCCCGGAAACAAAGACUUAUCGCCGGCCGGUGUAAUACAGCUCGGGCGAUCACGACAUACAAAAGGCAAUGUCGCAAGGCUCGUUUGGUGGCAUUUACCCCAUCUUCAGGGGCUCUGCGAACUGCUAGUGCAGCUGCAAGCAUGUUUGACAACACCACACGAAGCCAUCCGGGAUGUGGGGGCCGGUAGUGGUCAACAGCGAGUAUUGGUCUUUGCAAUUGCCGCGAACUAUUACGCAAUCAACAAGGCAGAGUAAGAACCAUUCCUCGGCAACCUCACAAUCACCGGUCCACCGGUCUGGUGCCGAUCAAAGAAAUGAUAAAUAUGAAUCAAAAUGUCUCUCCAUGCUUCUUGGAUAUCUGUCACCUCAUCAACCUCUUUGCAUUGGCCCCCGAAGUGACUUGUCGCCAUGCGUUUCUUAGGAGCUGCACUUGCAGCAGGUCUGCAAUUGCCCACGGCGGCUUUGGCCAGCCAUGGCAGCCAAAAGCCGUUGGGAGAUGACCGGCUGGACAGCACACCGGCAACCAAGGGGGGCAAGCAGCCAAAUAUUGUCUUCAUCCUGACCGAUGACCAAGAUUUGCACAUGAACUCCCUCGACUAUGUCCCCCUGAUCAAGAAGCACCUUCUCGACGAGGGCACCCUCUACAAGCGCCACUACUGCACCACAGCCAUCUGCUGCCCCGCCAGAGUAUCUCUCUUGACCGGCCAGCAAGCUCACAACACCAAUGUCACCGAUGUCAACCCUCCACAUGGUGGCUAUCCCAAGUUCAUCAGUCAAGGGUUGAACAACAACUACCUCCCAAUCUGGCUUCAGGAGGCCGGCUACAACACCUACUACACCGGCAAGCUGUUCAACGCCCACACUGUCGAGAACUACAACUCGCCCUACCCGGCCGGCUGGAACGGCUCCGACUUUCUCCUGGACCCAUACACCUACAAUUAUCUCAAUUCCUCCUUCCAACGGAACCAGGACCCCCCCAAGAGCUACGAGGGAUUCCACUCUGUCGACGUCCUCGCGGAGAAGUCCCUCGGUUUCGUCGACGAAGCCGUCAGAGCCGACGGCCCCUUCUUCCUCGGCAUCGCCCCCGUCGCUCCCCACAGCAACGUCGAGUCGAACACUCUGGGGGAUGACAUGGGCGACGACUGGGGCAACCUCCCCGACAUUGAGGAGUUCGCCAAGUUCGGCCCCCCCGUCCCGGCAAAGCGCCACGAGCAUUUGUUCAAAGACGUCAAGAUCCCCCGGACCCCCAACUUCAACCCUGACAAGCCGACGGGGGCGAACUGGGUCCGGCUUCGCAAGAAGCUCAACCAAGAGAAUAUUAACUACAAUGAUCAUUUUUACCGCCAGAGGCUUCGCACCCUGCAGUCGGUCGACGAGCUGGUUGCUUCGGUUGUGGAGCGGUUGGAGGAGCAUGGCGUUCUGGAUAAUACGUACAUUUUUUACACGACCGAUAAUGGGUAUCAUAUCAGUCAGCACCGUCUUAAUCCUGGGAAGGAGUGCGGGUUUGAGGAGGAUAUCAACAUCCCGCUUAUCAUUCGCGGUCCUGGCGUGGCGAAGGGGGUGGUUUCGGAGAUUGUCACCACGCACGUUGACUUGGCGCCUACGAUUCUUAACAUUGCCGGUUUGCCUCACCGAGCGGACUUUGAUGGUGAGGCGAUUCCGCUGAGUCGGAACGACAUUGAGGACACGGUCAAGACGAGACACGAGCAUGUGACGGUGGAGUUUUGGGGGUUUGCUGUUUCGGAGGGGGGCAAGUUGUUUGAUGAGGAUGAGGAGAGGUUGACGCUGAAUAACACGUACAAGGGGUUGAGGAUUAUUGGGAGGGGGUAUAAUUUUUAUUACGCGGUUUGGUGCAAUAAUGAGCAUGAGCUUUAUGAUUUGAGUACUGACCCCUACCAAAUCAACAAUUUGCUUCAUCCUACGACUACCAAGCCCAAGACUCUUCUUGGGGUGGAGUUUCACAAGGUGAUUGCCCGGUUGGAUUCUUUGUUGUUUGUGCUCAAGUCUUGCAAGGGGAGGACUUGUGUCAGGCCGUGGGAGGCGCUGCAUCCGCAGGGGAAUGUGGCCAACUUGCAUGAUGCGCUCGGGAAGAGGUUUGAUGUUUUUUAUGAGCAGCAGCAGAAGAAGGUUAGGUUUGAUAGGUGCGAGUUGGGGUAUAUUGUUGAUGCCGAGGGGCCGCAGUUCGAGAGGGAUGGGGUGGUGUAUAGAGCGGGAGCGGAGGGGGGGUAUAAGAGGGGGGGGAUCAGUUGGAGUGAGUGGACUUAA